AUGAAUGAUAUUUAUUGGCAUGAGAAACGAACUAUGUCUUCAAAACAACUUUCAUCACCUCCACCAACACAACCUAGACGUUCAUAUGAACAUGCACUUCGAACGAAACAUCAUCAACAAAUGAAUAUGCAAUUUCAUCCACAUUCAGCAACAACAAUAACAGGUCGAACAGAUCCUUUAUCAUAUCUUCACUAUCCAACAGUAUCUAGUCGAUCACAUAAUAAUAAUAAUAAUAAUAAUGCAAAUUUUCCAUAUACUUCAAGCACACAUGGUGUUUAUCGUCAAUCUCCACCCACUAUUGUAACUUCACCUCCGUUACAUUUACAUCAAAACAGACACUUCGAUACAAGAAAUCAAUCUCCUUAUUCUGAACAACGAUAUUUUUCUCGUAGUAUUAGUGAUGAUUAUUUUACAACAAAAUAUGAUGAAAUAAAUCGUCUUAAUGAUGAUAUUUAUGGUGAUGAAGAUGAAGAUGAACAUGAUUAUGAAGAGAAUAGUUCCGAAAAUUUCAAUUACAUUUUCGAAAAUACAGGUGAUGUGAUAUCACCAGUGAAUUCACCUAUGGCAACAUAUCGUAAUGUUGGACCUCUAAAUUCACCGAAUACAAAUAAUAAUAAUAAUAAUAAUUUAUCAUCAAAUUUAAAUCGUGAUUCAAUCGAUUAUUCAUCAACAAAAUAUAAUCAACAACAAAAUUAUAAAUCUUUAACAAUGCCAAAAAAUCAUUAUCAAAAUAUAACAACAACAACAACAAAAGAUUUUCUUCCAAUAGAUAAUGAUACAAAUUAUGUAACAGCAUCAUCAUCAUUAGAUACUGAAAUAAAUUCAAAUAUGAAUGAAUCAACAAAACGUAUGAAUAAUCCUAAUGGAAAAUUUUCUAUACAUAAAAUAAUUAGACAAGGUAUUUCAUCAUUGCGUACACGAAAAAAACCAUCAUCAAUGUCAACGCCACCACCACAACCCAUGCCAUCAACAAAUCCAUUUUAUGCAAAUGCUCCAACACCACCACCAUCUCAACCUUCUUUAUCAGUUGGACAUUAUGUGACAAAUAAUGAUGAUAUUCCACACCCUCCUCCACCGACAACUCUACGUUCUAUAUCAGUUGAUUCAAUAUCAAAUAAUACAUCACCACAGAAAAUUAUUGUUACUGAACCAGUUACUGUUUCAACAGUAAGAGCAAAUAGUGUUGAUAGUGUAACAAUUGAUUUCGAUCGACCACCAACAACUACUCGAACUUAUAUUCAACCAUCAUGGACUAGUUCUACAACCCCUACAGCAACGACUAUUACAACAAUUAAUACUCCUAUUAAUACAGAAUCAAUAACUCGACAAACACCAGUACCUGCUACUCGAGUAUUACCUGUACAAUUUACUGAAAAUAAUAAAAUUUCUUCACCACGAUCUCCUCCACCGUUACCACCACCAUCAUCAUCAUCAUCAUCAUCUGUUGCACCAUCACCUCUAUCAUCCAAUAUAUCAUCAAUAACGACCACAACAACAAAAACAAUGGAAAAAAAUCAUGCUACAAAUUCUUUAACAAAAAUCCCAUCAAAUCCAACUAAAAUUCCACCUCCUGUUGCUCCCAAACCUGAUGCUAGUCGUUUAACGCCAAUUCGUACAAAUUAUUUAAAUAAUAAUAACAAUAAUAAUAAUCAUUUUUCGUCUUCUACUAUCAAUCCAAUGCUACCACAACCUCCGCCACCAGCUCCACCACCAACGACAAAUAAUGUAACAUUUACUACAAUACCUUCUUCAUCUUCUUCAAGUUCGACAAGUACAAUUGAACAACGUCGUUUAAUUUUAUCUGAUAAACUUACAAUAAAUCAAUUUAAACCUAUUCCUGAUAAUAGUACAACUAUUUAUGCUAAUGUUAGUUCAAUUCCGACAAUACGUCCAAUAAUUGCUAAUAAUAUUUUAACAUUACAAGAAAAAUUUCAAAUACGUUCUUCACCUGUAAGUACAACAAAUUCAUCUCCAUCACCAAUACCAAUAACUUCAAUGAAUUCAAAUACUAUUUCAACAACUAUAACAAAUUCAUCAUCACCAUCAACAAAUUCUUCAUCAACACCACCAACAACAACAGUUAUUCAAACAAAUAAACAAAUUACUGUUCAAGAUAUUGAUACAACUAAAUAUGAAGAAAUUCCUGCUAAAGAACCAGAUUUAACACGACAACCAGAAAAAAGUGCAUUAAAAAAACCUAAUGGUGUUAAACGUCGUGUUAUACCAGUAUUUAGAGAAAAUCAACGUCCAUCACCACGGCCUAGUCCAAAAACUAAACCAACUGUUGUUAUAACUGCACUACCAUCAACAACACCAGUCAAUGAUGAACAUAAUUCUGAUUAUGAACAAAAUGAAAAUUAUUCAUCUGAUGAUGAUGAUGAUAAUAAUAAUAAUAAUAAUAAUAAUGGAACAAGAAGACCUUUUGCUAAUGUUAAACGUAAUGAUUCAUUAGCACGUUUUCUUAAAGAUCGUCCAUUACCUAAUGAAUUAUUUGAUAAAAAUAUUCUUGUUAAACCAAUGGAUGAACGUAAAAAUGAACGUGAAACAAUUGAAACAAAAUUAGAACGAAAAUUAUCAUUAAGACCAAGUCCCGAAGAACUUGAAGCAAGAAAUAUUUUACGUGCAAAAACACAAGCUGAAUUAACAGCAGAAAAAGAAGAAACAAAACGUUAUUUAAUACGAAAACUUAGUUUUAGACCGAGUAUUCAAGAACUUCGUGAUCGAAAAAUUAUUCGUUUCUGUGACUAUAUUGAAGUAUCUGAAUGUGAUGAUGUUGAUCGACGUGCUGAUAAACCAUGGACACGUUUGACACCACGAGAUAAACAAAUGAUUCGAAAAGAACUUAAUGAAUAUAAAAGUUCAGAAAUGGAAAUUCAUCCAGAUAGUGCAAAAUAUACACGUUUUCAUCCUCCUUAG